AUGCAACCAAUUUCCGGAUUUGACCCUCUUACAUACUGUGGCUCCUGGCGCGAGCCACCAACGCUUCACAAUUACAGCUAUGAGUAUGACCCCGUGUUAGGAGGCACCUGUGCUCCUGCAAUGGGGCAUAAACACUGGCCUUCACACGCAUCUAACACAUGUUUACCCUGAAAUUCCUACCUCUGAUUUUUGGCUGUAUAACGAACCGUCGCAUCAGUGGCAAAAUUCACCUCGGCCAGGCCCUCUAAAUGAACACCUUCCUCCGAUGACACCUCCGCCUUUGGCUGCGGAAGGUUUGCAAAUGAGAGUUUCAUCACAGGCCUGUGCAAGUCACGGUGGAAUUAUAUGUUACCCCUCAGAUCACCCGCCCAUUGCCAGCCAGCCAUAUUCGACCCCACUUCGUAGCCAUUCGUCCCCCCUCCUAUUUUCCUGCCGAUGGCUAUAUGACGACGCACUCUGCAAAUUCUUAGGGACGCUGGACGAGUUAAAGGCACAUUGUAGAACCAAUCAUUUUUCUGGUCCCCCAGAUGCGCAGAUUGAAUGCCUCUGGGAAGCUUGUACUUAUCAUAAGCGUGGCGACCACACAGUGCAUGUCAUGCGACGCGACUGCAUAUGGCGUCAUACUUGCGAGGUUCAUUUGGGGGUGAAGAGGGGUACCUAGACAUGUCCGCCUGCCGUUGUAUUUUUACCAUCCUUGUACUGCACCGCCCACGCCAUGC